AGAUAAAAACAUAACCUAGAAAUUUUCUAGUCAAGUUUGUUUAGAAACUUUAAACGAAAUAAAACGCAGUAAAAUUAGAAAUCCUUCCUUAUUUAUUGAGUAAAAAUGAGUUUAUAAUGGAUGAAUCCUUAAUAGAGAACUGUGACGACUUAGUCCGAGUAAAAUUAGGGUUUCAAAUAGGAGAACAGUUUACAUCGUUCAAAGAGUUCCAAGAAAAGUUACUUACCCGAGCUAGAGCUAAUUUUGUACGUUUUUCUAGAAAAGACAGCCGAACUAUCGAAGCAGCCAGAAAAAUCAUCAACAGAACUUAUCAAGCUGACUUAAUAUUUUAUCAGUUAAAAUAUGCCUGUUUCUAUUCAAAUAAAAGUCGUACAAAUAACAAACCCCUCAAAAGAAAACGACGCUCACUUAGACAAAAAAUAGACACACCAUGUCCAGCAUUUAUAUCAUUAAGACUAUCUGAAGAUGAUCGUGCUCUGGAGAUAAUUAACAUGGUGGAGUACCAUAAUCACCCUGUAACAGAGGAAGACUACCAAAAGCUGAUUCCAAAGAAAAAGAGUUUAGAAGAUGAAGAAGGAAAUAUUAGUUUUGAAAAUAUCAACACUCCUGAGGACAAAUACAAAAUUGUACUGAACAAAUGCAGACACAUUGCUAGAAUUGCCUCAUUAUCCAGUCCUAGUAAGGUUCAAGAAAUUCUAAAGAAUAUGGAUGAUUAUGUAUUUUAUUUGAAAUAUAGCUUUCCCAACAGUGAAGUUGACGAACUGAUAGAGGGAGAACAGCAAAUUGAAACUAGUAUUGUUGAUCCUUUACUUCAUAACGAGAAUAUUAAAAUAAUUGUGGAAUCUGACCCAAAUAUUGAGUGA